AUGCGCUCUUCGCGCGUCUCUCUCGACACGGCGCGUCUCUUUGACCCGACCGUUAUUGCCGCCAGCACAACGACCCGUCGGACCACGCGCUCGCUGUCCCGAUUCGCCUACGCCCCCGUCAGCGGCAACGCCCGCGCCGCGCCCGACAUUGAAGAUGCCGUGCCGCCGCCGCCCGCCGCCAAGCGCCGGCGCAAGCUCUCGAGCGAGUCACCCGUCAAGUUGAUCAAAGAGGAGCUGCUGGAGGACACGGAGCCGAUUCGCGCGUCGGCUCUGACGACAACAACGCCAAAGAGGAAAAAACAGCAGCCGCGCAAACCGGCGCGCAAGGCGGUCGAUCCAGAAACGGGCGAGACGACGGUGGCGCCGCCGUCUGACUGGGAAGAGGUGUAUGGGAUAGUGCGCAAGAUGAGGGCGCCGGGAGGGGCGGCGUACGGCGCGGCGGUCGACACGAUGGGCUGCGAGAGGCUCGCGGACCGGGGGUGCUCGGAAAAGGACCAGCGGUUUCACACCCUGAUUGCGCUGAUGCUGUCGAGCCAGACAAAGGACACGGUCAAUGCGGUGGUGAUGAAGCGGCUACAGACGGAGCUGCCGCCGUAUAAACCUGGCGCGCCGGCUGGGCUGAAUCUCGAUAACAUCUUGGCCGUCGACCCCGACACACUGAAUAAGAUGAUUUGGGCCGUCGGCUUCCACAACAACAAGACCAAGUACAUUAAAAAGGCGGCCGAGAUUCUACGCGACGAGUGGAACGGCGACAUCCCCGACACGAUCGAGGGCCUGACGGCGCUGCCGGGCGUGGGCCCCAAGAUGGGCUACCUGUGCCUGUCGGCGGCAUGGGGCCGGACCGAGGGCAUCGGCGUCGACGUGCACGUGCACCGCAUCACCAACAUGUGGGGGUGGCACAAGACCAAGAACCCCGAGGAGACGCGGCUCGCGCUGCAGGCGUGGCUGCCGCGGGACCGCUGGCGCGAGAUCAACGGGCUGCUGGUCGGGCUGGGCCAGGCCGUGUGCGUGCCGGUCGGGCAGCGCUGCGGCUCCUGCGACGUCGGCCUCGGGGGCCUCUGCAGGGCGGCGGACAGGAAAAAGGUGGCGCUGGGGAGGGCGGAAAGGGAGGUGGUGAAGCGGCAGGAGGAGGAUCGGAGGGAGCUCGAGGAUAUCAAACCGGCCAAGGAGGAGGAGCUGUGA